AUGGCUUCUGCAAACAUCACUAAACAGGCGGAUCUAAAGUCGAUAUCGCUGGCGGGCCUUCUUGAGGGCAACGCCGACACUGUGAAGGAUCUUGUGUCUUCGUGUAAAGAAAAUGGUUUUUUCUACCUCGAUUUCCGUGAUCCCUCAACAUGCGAGAUUUUGAAAGUGGUCGAUGACCUCUCCCUCGUUGGAAAAUCGGUAUUCAAAUUACCACUGGAGGAAAAGGAGGAGUAUAGCACCGAGAAACAUCUGCCAUCUAGACUCCAAGGUUACAAACGGGCCGGAUGUUCCGUUGGGCCAUUUGCAGAGAAGAAAGAUGGCUAUGAGAGCUUUUCGAUUCACAACAAUGGCCUCUUUGGUCAGGAUACCUUGCAACUCCCCCAGGCUUUUGAGGAAAAUCUAGGCCUUGUGGAGAGAUUCAUUAGCGAGGUCAACGGAUAUACCGAUUGUAUCCUGUCCAUCCUGUCAAAGGCCCUUGAUCUUCCAUAUGACUUGAAGGACUGUCACCGGAAAGACAAACCUUCGUCCGCCAAUAUGGCCAUGCUCAAUUACCUACCGUGGGGCAGCAGCGAUGAGAAGAUUGGGAACAUGGCGCACACUGACAUGGGAACUCUCACUGUUGUUUUCUCCAAAUCUGAAGGCUUGCAAGUCUUGCAGCCCGGGACUGAGGAAUGGACAUUCAUUCGACCACGGGUUGGACACGCCGUUGUGAAUGUUGGAGACUCACUGAACUUUCUGUCGAAAGGUGCCCUGACCUCCUCUCUUCAUCGCGUGGUGCCUCCGCCCGAUUCAGCUGGUCAGGAUAAAUUUUCCUGCAUUUAUUUCCUUCGGCCGGAGUUUGAUGCAAAGUUUGUUUCCCACGAUGGAAAAGAGAUGAAUAGUGUUGAGUGGCAUAACCAGAAGUAUGCUCUGUUCCGGGAAGCGAGCCUCGAUGCUAAGCAGCAUGGUGCUAUGCUGACUGGUCGGAACGGCUUUCUUGGUGCCACUGCUCAGGCUGCUCAGGCUGCUCAGUAA